GAGAGGAACGCAAAGCUCUCUAUAGAAGGCAGCUGCGCUAUAAUAUGGAAAUAUGUUUUGAUUUUUUGGUUUUUAGUCAGGCGUUGAUAGAAACGCCCUUGACGAAGUUAACCUGCGAGUGAAGAAUGGCAGGCCCUCUAGUGACGUCAUACUACCCGGCCGUAGAUAGUGCUUGCUUUUAGGAAGCGGGUGGUGGAUUGGAUGGGGGCUACGGCCCGAGUGAGGAGUAGUGAAAGGAUCCGGCGACCCACGGAGACCCUUUCUCGGUUCGGCACUUGGUGAGUCUGUCUCCCAGGCCGGCUUAACUCGUUCUUGGCCACAGCGAUAAGGUCGAGAGUUAGAGCAGCAGCCUGUGGGAAGAUGUCUUCUGGGCUCAGGACAGCGAGUUUCCCCGCCUGGAAGCGCCACAUCCUGGACGAGCUGAGGCGGCGAGAUCUGCUCCAGAGGCAGGCCUUUGAAGAGAUCAUUUUGCAAUAUAACAAAUUGCUGGAGAAGUCGGAUCUCCAUUCAGUGCUGGCUGACAAGCUACAAGCAGAAAAAUAUGAUUUACCAAGCCGGCAUGAGAUCAGUCCAGGACAUGAUGGUACAAGGAAUGAUGCUCACUUGCAAGAAAUAGCCCAGCUAAGAAUUAAACAUCAAGAGGAACUGACAGAAUUACACAAGAAACGUGGCGAGUUGGCCCAAUCUGUCAUUGAUCUGAACAACCAGAUGCAACAGAAGGACAGAGAAAUGCAAAUUAAUGAAGCAAAGAUGGCAGAGUAUUUGCAAAACAUAUCAGAGCUAGAGACAGAAUGCCAGGACCUACGCAACAAGCUGCAAGACCUCGAACAAGCCAAUCAGACUCUUAAGGAUGAGUACGAUGCUCUUCAGAUCACCUUUACAGCUCUAGAAGAGAAAUUAAGAAAAACAACGGAAGAUAAUCAAGAAUUGGUGACUCGCUGGAUGGCAGAAAAGGCUCAGGAAGCUAAUCGUCUCAAUGCAGAAAAUGAGAAAGAUUCAAGAAGGCGACAGGCCAAACUUCAGAAAGAACUAGCAGAAGCUGCCAAGGAGCCACUGCCAGUUGAGCAGGAUGAUGAUAUUGAAGUGCUUGCGGAUGAAACUUCAGAUGCUGCGGAGGAUACAUCCCCAGUGCGUGCAGUCACCCGGACAGCUAGUAAGCGACUUUCCCAGCCAGCUGGAGGCCUUCUGGACUCUAUCACUAAUAUCUUUGGUCUGUCUGAGUCUCCCCUUUUGGGACAUCACUCUUCUGAUACCACCAGGAGGCGCUCCCAGUCCUCGAUUUCUGUCCCCCAAGAUAAUAUUGAUAAACAUCUGGGUGCAAGCAAAGAUGUGCGAGUCCCUACUACUGCAGUUUGUGUCUUUGAUGCUCAUGAUGGGGAGGUGAAUGCAGUCCAGUUCAGCCCUGGCUCUCGGUUAUUGGCAACAGGUGGCUUGGACCGGAGGGUAAAACUCUGGGAAGUCUUUGGAGACAAGUGUGAAUUUAAAGGUUCCCUUUCUGGCAGUAAUGCGGGUAUUACAAGCAUAGAGUUUGAUAGUGCUGGUUCUUACUUAUUAGCAUCUUCUAAUGACUUUGCUAGUAGAAUCUGGACUGUAGAUGAUCAUCGGCUACGGCACACGCUUACAGGGCACAGUGGAAAAGUCUUGUCAGCCAAAUUCCUGUUGGACAAUGCACGCAUUGUCUCUGGGAGCCAUGACAGAACCCUCAAGCUGUGGGACCUACGUAGCAAAGUCUGUAUAAAGACUAUAUUUGCAGGCUCCAGCUGCAAUGAUCUGGUCUGCACAGAACAAUGUGUGAUGAGUGGACACUUCGAUAAGAAAAUUCGGUUUUGGGAUAUCAGAACAGAGAGCACAGUAUUAGAAAUGGAACUGCUUGGUAGGAUUACAGCUCUAGAUCUCAACCCAGAGAGAACGGAGCUCCUCUCCUGUUCUCGGGACGAUUUGUUGAAGAUUAUUGAUCUUCGAGUCAACGCUGUGAAACAGACUUUUAGUGCCCAAGGAUUUAAAUGUGGGUCUGACUGGACCAGAGUUGUAUUCAGCCCUGACGGCAGUUAUGUGGUGGCUGGCUCAGCAGAUGGGUCCCUCUACAUUUGGAACGUGCUCACUGGGAAAGUGGACAGGGUGCUCUCCAAGCAUCACAGCAACUCUAUCAAUGCUGUGGCAUGGUCACCGUCAGGAGCCCACGUGGUCAGUGUGGACAAAGGAAAUAAAGCUGUCCUGUGGUCUGACUUUUAAUCCAAAGGCACUAAUGUCAUCAUGCCAAAAACCUUCAUGGGAGAGCAACAGUCUGUGUCUGGACAAGAUUUGCGUUCCAGUCAGUGAUCUUUUGCUACGUGCAUAGGAUUGACUCUAGGAAAGAACUGUGAUGCAGCAGCUGAGGAAGUCAAGCCUCUGAAGUAUGGUGCUGGGAUUCAGCCUCCAUGGUGGAUUGGGAGGAGAACCAAUAGGCUUUAAGAUGCACUGUUUGUGUGCUGGAAAAAAAAGUUUUUGUACCAGACAGCAGUGCCAAAUGAUUCCUUAAAUAAUUAUGUACAGCACUUCAUACUUUGGAGUGCUUUAGCAAAGUUCCUGUGUAUCCUGACAUUAUGCAUGUACUGUCACCUGUGUUCUCUUCUGUGGAUUAGCUAAAGAGGUGAGGGGAAGAGUCCUGAAACAGAAAGAGAAGGGACUCAACCAUGAUCUCACGUGAACGAGACCAUGGUUUUGGCAGCUGUGCCCACAGUGCCUCAAGCACUCAGUGAAUCACAGCUCUCUGCACUAGCCUGGCCUAUAAUAGGGGGACCUGUCCAUUCUGCAGAGGCGCAGCAUCCUCCAAAGGCUUUCCAGGUAGCAUUGGAACAGAAGCUUUUUUUUUUUAAUUUGACCCAGUGUUGUCUUGGGUAUUACUUGGGGGGGAGCGACUGCUGCUGUGGUGAAGAAUGUACUGAAAAACAUGACUUCAGCACCAAAUACAUGAUUAUUUCCACUGUCCUCCUGUACCAGAGUUUCAUGUGCAGAAGAGUCAGGGGGAAAUAGAGCCCUGAAUGUAAAUGUUCUGGUGCUGGCAAAUCCAGAUCACUUGUCUAUGUGUGCAAUAUUCCUCCUGUGCUGGAGCUGACCCUUUGCCAGUGAGCAGGCUUUUUGGCCAGGAUCUCCUGGCAAUCCAAUGCACAGCAUGGUCUGGGGAGAACUAACUUUUGCUGUUGAGCAUUAUCCAGCCAAACACUUUUCCAUGUCCAGUGGGCCUCAAAACAAGCCACCAGCAUUUAAUUGCCUUUUAAUUUGCACUUUAAUUUUGCCUCCUUCCUGAAUUUGUUUUGUAUGGAGUUGUGUUUGUAUUGAAGGGCAGAGUUGAGCAGGAAUUCCUCUGUGUCUGAGAUUCUCAGUAAUGGUUCUCUUCAUUUUUUGACAGCUUCUGCUGAGGAAAAUGGGACAAAACCUUAUUUAUUGUAUUAAUCCGCCCACUAGUACUUGACAUAAUAAACCUGUGACCUGCUUCUAAACUCA